GUCGGCGUCCCUGGCCGCGCCCGGCCCCCGGCCCGCUCGCCUGCCGGCACCAUGAUGGAGGAGAUCGACCGGUUCCAGGUGCCCACCGCGCACUCGGAGAUGCAGCCGCUGGACCCAGCCGCCGCCUCUAUCUCAGACGGAGACUGUGACGCCCGGGAGGGUGAGUCAGUAGCCAUGAAUUACAAACCAUCCCCGCUCCAAGUGAAGCUGGAGAAGCAGAGGGAGCUGGCCCGGAAGGGCUCGCUGAAGAACGGCAGCAUGGGCAGCCCCGUCAACCAGCAGCCCAAGAAGAACAAUGUCAUGGCCCGGACAAGGCUGGUCGUCCCCAAUAAAGGCUACUCCUCGCUUGACCAGAGCCCAGACGAGAAGCCCCUGGUAGCCCUUGACACGGACAGUGAUGAUGACUUUGACAUGUCCAGAUAUUCCUCCUCUGGCUACUCCUCUGCUGAGCAGAUCAACCAAGAUUUGAACAUCCAGCUGCUGAAGGACGGCUACCGGUUAGACGAGAUCCCUGACGACGAGGACCUGGACCUCAUUCCCCCCAAGUCCGUGAACCCCACCUGCAUGUGCUGCCAGGCCACGUCCUCCACCGCCUGCCACAUUCAGUAGCGGGCGGGGCCGCUGCGGCCGCCGGGGUGGGGCCGCCAGGGGCCAGGUUGGACCGGGCAGGGGCCAACCCCUCCCCAGCUCGUCUGCCUGCCCCUGGCCCCCGCGCCCCCUGGAGUCGCCAACCUCGUAACAGUCAUUGCUUCCUCCUAUGGUAGGACGUGUACCUCUGUGUGUUCAUGGAGCCGGAGAAACCAAGACCGGGUCUCUCUCCACCCCGGGGAGGGGGGUGGGGUGCUGAGGAGGGGAGGGGGCUGUUUGUUCAGUUACUUGGGGGGAUCCCGCCCAGCAACCUGCCCCCUCCCCAAAGCUGCAGUCCGAUGGGGAAAAGCGGUGACCAGACUGCAAGGAGGUCAACAGUAACAAGUAGGGGGAGGGAGCACAAAGCCAGGGGUUUGGCCCCACCCCAGCGAAGCCAUGAACCCCCCCAGCCCCAGCCUAACAAGGGAAGGAGCUAGGAGGGAGAAAGGCCCAGAGCAGUAGGGGCGGGGCCCAGCCCCCUCCACAUGCCCCUCUGCUGGCCCAUGUACCAUCUGUGUUUCUUCUCUCAUCUCCAGAUGGAAAGCCUGGCAAAGCUGCCCAGUGGGAUAUUGCCCCCCACCCAUCAGAUCACUGCCUUCUCCCAGCUCUUUGCCCUAUUCACCCCCUUCCUUGCUCUCUGGGUUGUGUGGAGGGUGUGGUGGGCCUUAAAGACAGGCCAGAGUUUAGGUUGGUAUGAUCUGUCCUCACCUGCCCCUAAUACCUCUAUCUCUCUGGGCCCCCCACCCCCUGACACACACUUCUGUUCUGUUCAUUGGUAUCUGUCCCAGGCUGGAAGCAGGAGGUAAGGCUGGCCUCGAAUGCCCCAUUCCCGUCUCACUCCAGCCCAAAAUCCUGGAGGCUGCUUCCCAGUAAGAAUCUUCAAGGAAGCCAGCUUAGGAGAAUACAGUGACUGCAUGUGUAUGGUAGGGACAGCUUGGCAGAAUGUGUGUGUGCCUGAGGCUGUCAGGGUGUGUGUCUGUCUCUCUGCACUGGGCCUGUCUCUCCAGAUGUCUGGGGUGUCCAUGGUGGGGAAGUGACUGUGUGGCCUGUUAACAGUGUGAGAGGCUGUUCAGUAGUGCAGGGGACUAGGGGUCAGAGGGCUGGGUUCUGGCCCUGGCUCUGGCACUCUCCCCGUUAUCUCCAACAAGACAAUUAAUGUUCUCUGGGCUUCAGCUUCCUCAACUGUACAAUGAACCGCAUCUGAAAUUAUUUUUAAGGUCCUUUCAAACCUGAAGGAAUUUCUUCACAGGAAUUUCUGUGGAGGUGGAAAGGGAGGUCUGUGUGUCUUUGGGGGCUUCCUGAGCUGCAUGUCUGUGUGGAAAGGAGAGGGGGCGGCUCCUGUCGGACCUGCGUAUGUCUGAAUACCCGCAGAUCUUUGGGGGAACCCGUGUGUGUGUCUGUGAAUGUGUAUGUGUGUGUGGAUAUAUAUUGUGUGUGUGUGGCUGUGUGGGGUGUCUAUGAGUCAGAAUGUGUUUACUGCUGCUUCUUCUGCUGUUGCUGGUUGGUGGCAGGGGCGGGAGUAGUUGCCAGAAAAGCUGAGGAUGAAAAUCAACAGGGAAGAGGUGACCAAGGCCCUCCCCUGGGACGGCAAUAUCGACCUGCACCACACGCAAAGAAACGCAGAAGCACAGAUAGCCUCCGCCUCUUCAGGUCCAUGUCCCACGAACCCCGUACUCCAGGGCCAUUCUUCCAUGCUGACCCCCGACACUGGCUGGUGUAUCCACUGUAAUAUACACCACUCAUAUGCUACAAGCAUAUGCAGGACAUGGCCACGGCCGACUCCCCUGGGAGGUGGGAGUUGGAAGGGGGAGAGGACAGUGAGAAGAAAGCGUAAGGCUGCUGGCUUAGGAAGGGUAGCACUCUCCCUGCACCACACCCAGGGCCUGCCAGCUCUGCUGUAUUGAGGUGCAGCUCUGCACCCUCAACUCCUCCAAGCCACCCCUACCUCCUCUAGUGCAGGGACCCUGGUGAGAUGAUGACAACAUGCCAGAGGGAGGCAAGGACACAGAAGGCAUCUACAAGGCCCAUGCUGGCCCCCAUCAGAGCCUAUUUCUCCCACCCUGGUCAGCACACCCACCCCCGGUCAUCUGGGCCCCAGAGCCAAGCUUCCUAUUACUACCACCACCACCCUAGUCUCCUCAACUCACUCUUCGAGAACAUGGUACCUCCUCUCUUCCCGGAAGAGCUCUCACCAGGGCUUAUUUAGACUCCUGCCUUUGCUGCUGACCUGCUGUAUGUCUCUGGCCCACUGCUCAACCUCUCUGGCCCUGAGGAACAUAGGAAAGGCUCCCUCCCCAGAAGAUAUACCUAGUUCUCUGGCAGGCAUGGGCUUCCAACUAAGGCAGUGAGAGUGGUGGAGAGAGGUAGGAAGCUGGCAGCCAGCACCUUCUGGGUCUAGGGAGAGUGCAUGGUUCCCUCCUCCCUGCCUGGGAGGUUGGAGGGGAGGAAUCGAGGCCUUAGUGUGCCCCCUGUCACCUUCCCCCUUGUAGAUACUGCCUUAACACUCCCUCUACCCUCAGCUCUGGCGGCCACCCAGCCAGGUUUCUCCGCGCUCACUAAUUUAUUUCCAGGAAGAUGUGUGGAAGACAUGAGCCGUGUAUAAUAUUUUUUUUUAACAUUUCCAUCGCAGUAUUGACCAUCAUCCUUGGUUGUGUAUCGUGUAACACAAAUAAUGAUAUUAAAAGCAUCAAACAA